GAACUGUUGCCCAGCGGUCUGCACUGGAUGUCUCAAGUAAUUCCUAUGACCCAUCCCACAAAAUCACCCGUCAUAUUAUACUGGUGCGACCCCUUGGACUGUCUCUCAAGCCUACUAAACCAUCCUAUGUUUCGCAAAGAGUCAGACUUUACACCUCGCAGGGUGUAUACCACUGUGCAGCAGCCGUAUCGUGUGUACUCUGAGUGGAUGACAGGCAAUGAUGCUUGGAAGAUGCAGUCCAAUCUACCAAGUGGUGUGACCCUGCUAGGCACUAUUUUGUCAUCGGAUAAGACCAAUAUAUCCAUGAUGACAGGCAACAGAGUUGCCCACCCACUCCUCAUCAGUCUUGCAAACAUACGCAUGUCUACUUGA